AUGCCGGCCGAGGCGUUCGUGGGGAUUGACGACAAUCAGCCCACGUGCGCUGAGCCCGGCGAGGAUCCACUUGCGCGGGAGCCGCUGCCACGCGAUGCGGCAGUUAUGUGGGAGGCGCCGGCGAACAUGCAGCAGGUGUACGAUGAUAGCAACCCCGCCUCCCACGAGGCUCAUCGUACCGCGCGCGCGGCGUGCGAGAUGCUGUUCGGGUACGUGCGGGCGACGUGCAUCUCGCCGCGCGACCUGUACGCCCUUUUCGACAUUCGAAACCCCAUCGUUGUUGCGCGCAUGGAGCGCGCGAGCCCCGCCCUUGAUCACAACAACGCCCCUCCUCCUGCUGUGACUCAUGCGGACACCCCCUCGCCAGAGACCCCUCGUCGCCGCGGCAGGGUGCUCCCGGCGUGGAUGCACGUGCCCACCCCGGACAGGGUGGCUCAGACGGCCCGCCACCAGGAGCUCAUUGACGCCGGUGCUCCCGCCAUUAUGAGCGGGUACCUGGCGGCAGCAGAGUGGAUGCGGCUUUGUCGUUCAAGAUGGACGCUAGUGACCUUGUUCAUUGAAGGGGGCGGCAUGGUGGAAGGGUUUGAACGGCCUGCUUCCAGCCCCGGACAGGCUGGCGAGCUCGGUUCCGGGCGGUUGAGUGCAGCACGUGUGGCCCUCGCGUGCAGGGGGCUCGGAGCCCAGUAG